UCACAAUUCCUCUUUGUGAUGUGCUUCCAAUAGUGUAUUCCACUCUGUUGUGAAAUUGAAGUAAAAACCAUGGAUUACUGGAAUAUGCCUUUAAAUAGUCUUGGGGAAUUAACACUGAAGAGACUCAGCUCAUAUCUGGACAACUGCACCAUGAAAGGAUGGAGGAAACUGGCUGAAAUUGUAGGCACAGACAGUCGGUUCAAGUGCAGUGAGAAGGAGCUGGAGACCUGCUCGCUGAAGGUUCUUGAUCCAGAUGGAAGCCCAAGUCGAUACUUUAUCCAAUUAAUCGCAGAGCGUGGCUGCCCUGUGAACUAUGUACUCAGCUGUCUGGAUAAGAUGGGUCAUACAGAGGCGUUGCAGUGCGUGAUAUCAAUGGCCUUGGACACUAUACAAAUCAUUGUGCAGCCCAAGUCACAGGAUGUUACUGUUGGAGACAGGGUGUCUCUCUGCUGUCAAGCCAUAGGGCCCCCAGGUCUCAGCUACCAGUGGUUUCGAGGAAAGAACGAGGUCAGGGGUGGAAAUUCUUCAGAGCUUCUUUUUAAUUGUGUGGACCGUGGUGAUGGUGACUGGUAUGUCUGCAGAGUUCACUGUGGAAACCAAUAUUCAUUUUCUGAAUGGGUACGGCUGCGUGUUUAUAGCAGCCCAACAACAGUAAGUAAAUUUUGCAAGGUCAAUAUCUUGGUGCAUCCCAUCUCCCUGAGCCUGAAGGAGGGUGAUACCAUGGUGCUUUCAUGUUCUGCAGUGGGCAAUCCUCCACCACAGUACCAGUGGUUCCGAAAUGACCAGCUGUUGCCUGAGGCGAAUAAACCAGACCUGGAGGUUAAUGGAGUCACAACUGCUGAUCGUGGGAAAUAUUGCUGUCAUGUGUUCAAUCUUUAUCAUGAGGUCCGGAGCAAGGUAGCUGCAGUAGAGAUUGGGCCUAACACUUCCUUCAAUAAUUCAUUUAUUGUGGACACUGAUGCAGUUUCCAGCCCAGGGCUACAACUGAAGGUUGUCCAUCACCCUACACGUUUCUACGCGACAGACAAGGUUGCCCUGCUAAUAGGAAACAUGAAUUAUUUACACCACAAGCAGCUGAAGGCUCCUAUGGUGGACGUACAUGAGCUUACAAAUCUCCUCCGACAGCUUGACUUCAAGGUCGUGUCCUUGCUUGACCUCACCAGACUCGAGAUGCACAGAGCCGUCAAUGAAUUCCUGCUGCUUCUUGACAAGGGAGUGUAUGGUUUGCUUUACUACGCCGGUCAUGGAUAUGAAAACUACGGGAACAGUUUCAUGGUUCCCAUUGAUGCUCCAUAUUCCUACACGUCUGAGCACUGCCUGUGCGUCCAAAAUAUUCUGCAGUUAAUGCAGGAGAAACAAACAGGACUGAACAUCUUCCUCCUUGACAUGUGUCGCAAAAGGAACAUGCAUGAUGAAAUCAUUCCACAAAUGGAAGCCUUGAGAGUCACAGCAAAUAUUGUUUAUGGUUAUGCCACUUGCCCAGACGCAGAAGCGUAUGAAAUCAGCCAGGGUGAGCUUACAAACGGAAUUUUCAUCAGCUUCCUGAAGAAGCGGUUACUGGAGGAUGAAAAGAUCACGGUGCUGCUGGAUAAAGUUGCAGAAGAUAUGGGGAAAUGUGAACUUACAAAGGGAAGGCAAGCUUUGGAGAUCCGGAGCAGCCUGUCAGAGAGGCGGUCACUAAGAGAUAAAAUCAACCCACCUGACUAUUACGAUGAGUUUUCAGCCAGGAAUCUGCAGUGGGCCAAGGCCAAUGUUCUACCAGAAAGCAAAUAUGUCCAAUUUGAAUGUGGAGCCUUGAUUCGCCUGGGAUUUGCAGCAGAGUUUUCAAACAUUAUGAUUAUUUAUGCCAGCAUAGUUCAAACUCCCCAGCACAUCAUCAAAUGUGAGGCCAGACUGACUGACUUUUCAGAGGACCUGGAUGUGAACCUCAAACAUACCAACAAGGGCUGUCCUGAGGAGACAGGCAGUGUCAUCUUCUCAUUCAGCAACUUUAACUUUCCAGAGCAGUGUCUCUACACCAGGCUUAGUGGUCUACAGAAGCUAAGGAAAGAGCUGAGCUUUUCCAUCUGUCUACAGUAUCAGUACAAACAAAUGGAAGAGACCAUAGAGGAGAAGAAAGUAGUGAAUAUUGGAAAGCCCCUUGUCUCUAAACUCAACUUGCAUGGAUCAGAGCAUGAGAGUAGUUACAUAUCAGUUUACGGCUUAUUACAAAGUUCUUCAAGUGAACCUACCCAGAUGUUGAUGAGCAAUUUAAACCAGACUUACUCUCUACCAGUCACUUCCAAGAGCUUGAAUUGCUUUGAGGGCUAUACUGAUUCACACAGAUCUAAGAACAAGUGCACCUAUCAAUAUCACAGCACCCAGGAGCAACUAAACCAGGACCAAAUAUCACCAGGAGCUUCAUCUGCAUUAAGGGCCAGUGAACCCGAUGAGAAGAUUACUGCUCAGAUUAAGUCUCUGGGCUUCUCCCAGUGGCCAAGAGACUUGGGUCAGCCUUUGGGCAUGAGGAGGGACAAUCAGCCCAAUGAUGGAGAACUACAUACCAAUGCACAAAGCAAAUACUUCUACGGAUAUUAAUGAGAAGGGCAUAAAUUGUGGAAUGCAAGGACAAAAUCUAAUUCCGUGAGAUGAUGCACAAGGCAGGUUUCCAUUUUUCAGUUUUAUUCAAUCCUUCCUAACUCAUAGCCUGUUAUAGUUCCAUCCCCCUCUUUCUUCGGCCAUUCUUCCUCAGCAUCUGACAACCAUCCUAUGUAUCUCAGGAGUGGCCAAUCUGUGAUAAAGGGAAGAGAAAUCCUGUUGCUGUUAACUGCACCACUGGCAAUGUCAAGCCUCUGAAGCACUGGUUAAACCUAUUCUGUGGCUUGCACUGGCAAAUGCCAAUCAAGAUCAGGGCACACACCUCAUCCAAUCAAAAUUGGCUGCAGCUCCCUCCUUUUUAAAAUAGUAUCAUUCUUUCAUUCUAAGAUACAUUAAAGCUUGUUUUUGUUGCCCUGGUUAUUUGCUGUGUCACUGAAUCAGAUGAGUUCUGCAUGUUAAAUCUGGAGUUUGUGUGAGCUAGCUGAUCUAGCCAGGGCAAGAGCUGAGGCAUCAUAAUUGACCUGAGCACCCUGGACUAUGGAAGAGUAAACUAGGCAGAAGUCCUUGCUCCUAAUCACUGUCCAAGUAUAAAUGAGAUGUGUGUGAAUAUUGGGCAAGGACAGAAUCAUGCUUCAGAGCUCCAGACUUUUCCUAAGCACAUUGUCCAGGCACAGGCUUGGGUGAGGGAGUGGAGGAGUGCAAUGUCUUCAAACCCCAGUGAGUCCGAACCCCCAAGACCAGAGAGAAGAGUUUGGGUCAAAUUCUCAUGUGCAUUAGGGUUCUGCUGGGUCUAUUGUGAAUUGAUUUAUGAUGGUUACUGAAUAUGUCGUCACCCUUUAAUUGCUCAAUGGUACUUUGGACUGUCAGGAUCCCUGUGUGUCAUGGACAUUCACCAGAGCAAGUUAUUAAAGCAGACUUAUGACAAAUUACAUAUUUAUGACUUUUCAGGUUUUCAAAUAUGCAAAUUAUGUCAUAGUUAUACAGGUAACCUCUUUCCAACUGAGCUAAUGCACAAUCUGGCUGUUGUGUUGCACAUUACAACAGUGAUCACCCUUCAAAAGUGUCAUGUUGGUUGUCGAGUGAUCGCGAUGUCAUGAAAGACACAAGUAUAAAAUAUACAGUGUGGAUAUGAGCACACACACAGCCUCACACAAAUGCAUACUCCUCCAAAUAUAGUACACCCUUUUACAAAUGACAUGUGUGUGCAUGAACAGAUCUCAAUGGAGUCACACACAAGACACACUCUAGUAGCUAUGCAUACAACAGUCAUACAGACACACUCUCACAAAGGUACAUUUACACUUGCACACAUUCACAUAUAGAAACAUCAACAGGCAUAUCUACAUGCAAGCACCCACUUCCAGACUCAGGACUUCAUACACUCAAGAAGAAUCACACAUGGGCAUCAAUGGAGGCAUUCAACCAUAGGCAUACUCACACACACAGACUCACGCAUGUAAAAACACGCAGACCCAUCCAUAUAUUCCCAAAUGCUCAUGUACGCAGACAGGAAUAUCGCUGUUUGUUGUGGGCCACUCUAACACUGUGGACAGAAUGAUGGAGUGACAGUCUGCCACAAUAUGUGCACUGUAUAGUCAUACUGUGACCAGAUCACACAUGUCCUUGUGUUCACCUGGAAGUUGAAUUCUUAUCCACAGGAAAUGUCACAAAAACUACCUAUGUUUUUAAUCGUUCUCUGUGAUGAGAUCCCUAAUGAUGUGUGUUGGGAGCUGGAAAAAGCCUGACACUUAAUUUGCUCUUUAACUGGAUAAGUGACAGUUCGGAAUUGUAGCUUGGCCGUCACCCCACAGGUAAACAAAUUGACCAAGGGUGAAUACUGAUGGGUGUAGGUCCUAAAGUAAAGUGUACUCUUCCAAUAAAUUAAACAUGUCAUUAAUU